AAGCGCUCGUCGUAGUCCCGAGGAGAGGCCCGAUAGCCAUCGGCAGUAACCCUCCCCCCCCAAAAGGUCACUAGUAUUAGGGGAAAUACUUGUGAUUAUAGGUAUCUUAGCUAAAUUCAUGUGUAACUGAGAAAAUUGUACAUCAUGGUGCACGUUUUUGUUUUGAGUAAAUCUUUGCUCCAGAGAGAAAGGUGGACAUGUCAGCCAUCCUCCUGGGGUUAGAGUGAACAAUCACGUUAUUCCUGUGGUUAUCGACCAAUGCUACACAAUAAAAGCGCCAUGUUUAAGCCGUCCACCUGGUGCAGUCUGUGUUGAUUUUACGAGCAGGUGUGCUUGGAGGUGUGGCCUGUGCAGAAAUACCUGGAGUCAGUGGUGAGCGCAGCGUUCAUCAGGAGAAGCUCUGAAAAGUUUCACCUGUUUGAAUGAAAGUAAACUCUUUAAUGCACAGGCCCAACAUGUCGCAGCUCCUGCACUUUGCCGCGCUGUGGUUCUACCUUCUCCCCCCGCUGCUGUGUGACAACCGGUUCUGCUACUACAGCCCCAUCCUGGAGAAGGAGAAGACGUUUAAGCUCAUCGUGACCGAGUGCCCUCCCGACGAGCUCUGCUUUAAGGCGGAAGGUCGCUAUGGCAACCACAGCGCGCUGUCGGCCAGGGGCUGCAUGGCGAAGAAGGACUGCAGCCAGGUGCAUGGCAUCACGCUGAAAGGAACGGUCUACACCAUGAGCUACAGCUGCUGUGAUUCGCCGUACUGUAACGCCGGCCUGGGCCUCGCGGCCAAUUCCCUCUUCAUCACCGUCACACUCGGGACUGUGGCUGCGAUGACCUGGUGACCAAAGGCAUCCGGGGCCCUGUGGUGCUUUAGGGAUUUAUGAAGUAUCUCCGCAGCCUCUGGCAUCAAGUAAUGCAAAGAGCCUGCAGUGGUACACGGCAAAUGCCCAGUGAAAAGACCCCAAGGUGCCACAGAUCUCAGGCUGUUUUUAUUCAUUUUAAAUCCUUUUUUUAAUGUCUACAAAUAAAAAUGUAAAUACACACAUAACAGUGCUGGUAAUAUUUCUUUCCAUAUCCUGAAGUAUUUUCUCUGCUCUAGAGCUCAAUUAAAAGCACAAAUGGGGCCAUGUACCGUCAGCACAAUG